CUCUCCAUUUCCCACUGGUAAGGCAACAACAAAAAAGAGUUGACGUUGAAAGAUGUCGCGGGUUGACUUGUUUCGUGCCCUAAAGUAAAUUCUAUGAAGAAGCUGUGCAAAUUCCCUGUGAUGCAGUGAGUCUGACUGUCUCUGAAUGUGAUGCAAUUUUAAUACAAGUUAAGUGACUAUUCGCGCCAAGGCCCCAUUCAAAUUGUGAAAUUGGAGAGCUCCAGAGGGACAGUCGUACAUGACAGCGGAAGAGGUCGUAAGUAAAAGUUCCCGGGCCCCCUCAAGUGUUACUAUUUGAGUUAAGUGAGUUGAUUUUAUUAGUGAAGGAUUCAAGGAACUCAAUGCUAACAGACGGUACCCACAGUUAUAAGUGAAAAAUGAGUGACGAUACGGAGCAUAUGAACAGUAAAAAUGCUGCACCCCAGUGCAUUGCUACAAAUUCACCUAAAGCUCGCGAAAAGUUGUCCUUGGUGGAUCCCACGGAUGACCAAUUUGAAACGCUAAAAGAACAGCUGCAACGACGUAUGUCGGAGAAUCGCGGAGAAACUAUUUAUGAGCUUGGAGUCAAUGAAGAUGGAGGCGGGAAUGGUCUCGAUGAGGAUAAUUACAGCGCUGCAUUGGCUACUUUGGAAGCUUUGGCAGCUACUAUAAAUGCUGAUGUUGUUGAGUUAGGAAAGCGCCGAGUUGAGAAAGGAUUUACAGGACAAUAUCUGCUAAGGAGGCGAGUUGAUGACACGGACUUCAUGGAAAUUAGAGUUGCUGUAGUAGGUAAUGUAGACGCAGGAAAAUCCACUCUACUCGGCGUACUAACUCAUGGCGAACUGGACAACGGUCGUGGCUAUGCCCGGCAAAGACUAUUUCGCCACAAACACGAGAUGGAAAGCGGGCGUACUAGUUCUGUUGGGAACGAUAUUUUAGGUUUCGACAGUUUUGGAAAUGUUAUAAACAAGCCAGAUCAUGGGACACUAGACUGGGUGCGGAUUUGUGAGAAAUCAUCAAAAAUCAUAACAUUCAUCGAUUUGGCUGGUCACGAAAAGUAUUUGAAAACGACCGUGUUUGGAAUGACAGGACAUGUUCCUGAUUUCGGAAUGUUGAUGAUUGGCGCCAAUGCAGGAAUCAUUGGAAUGACAAAAGAACACUUAGGCUUAGCUCUCGCCCUAUCAGUUCCAGUAUUCAUUGUGGUGACGAAAAUUGACAUGUGUCCUCCAAACAUCCUCCAAGAAAAUCUGAAAAUGCUUUUUAAAAUUCUUAAAUCACAAGGAUGCCGGAAAGUACCAGUUAUUGUAAAAAAUUCUGAUGAGGUUGUACUAAGCGCUCUUAAUUUUGUAUCUGAGCGUCUAUGUCCCAUCUUCCUUGUGUCGAAUGUAAAUGGCGAGAAUUUGGAUUUACUGAAAAUGUUUCUGAAUUUGUUGACCUCGCGUACCGAAGGAAAUGAUAGUGAACCAGCCGAAUUUCAGAUCGAUGACACUUAUUCGGUCCCUGGUGUCGGCACUGUCGUUUCAGGAACUUGUCUACGGGGGAUAAUUACUCUGAACGACAAUCUUCUUUUAGGACCAGAUGCGGUCGGUCAUUUCUUGCCUGUUGCGAUCAAAAGUAUUCACCGUAAACGUAUGAAUGUAAAACACGUACGUGCUGGCCAAACUGCCAGUUUCGCAUUGAAGAAAAUCAAAAGGUCUCAAAUACGAAAAGGAAUGGUACUUGUCAGUCCAGAAAUCAAUCCUCAAGCUUGCUGGGAGUUUGAAGGUGAAAUUGUCGUAUUACAUCAUCCAACAACGAUAUCAUCACGCUAUCAAGCCAUGGUUCAUUGUGGAAGUGUUCGGCAAACUGCCUCGAUUAUAUCUAUGGAUCGUGAAUUUCUUCGGACAGGGGACAAAGCGAUUGUUAAAUUCAAAUUCAUCAAACAUCCUGAAUUCAUUCGUCCAGGUCAAAGAAUGGUGUUCCGCGAAGGUCGGACGAAAGCGGUAGGAAGUGUGCUGAAAUUGCUAUUCUCCCCGGCAUCCGUGCAGCAACGCGUUAAGGCUAACAAAGCUCAAAAUUCAAUGAAGCCAAAGCACCCAAACACCGAGCAAAAACCGAAAAUCCAACAAGGAGUGGGCGAACAAGCGACGACAAACGAUGAACAUCACGUAGAUACUACAAGCACGUCGCGUAAUAUGAAGUAUUCGAAACGUCUUAAAUGAGUUUUAAAAGUGUCAUUUGUGUGAAGAAAAGAUAUUCCGUACGUAAUUGCAGAAGAGGAUGCUGAGCAUACAAACACUGAAUUUUAAAUGUUUUAAAAAUUUUUCAAAAAUCAUUGCAUAUAAUAAAUAUGUGAUUCACAUUU